UGAAAUCCAAAAAAUUAAUAAACUUAUACCUCAAAUUAAUCCUGAAUCUCUUCCAAAUAUCCGUGAAAUUCUUACUAAUACAAUAAAUCAUUCAAGAGAAGAGGAAAUAUUUCAUAAUAUUCGCAAAAUGCCAAAACUACAAAAGAACAAUGCAUUAAAUUUAAUCGAGUCAAUGCAAAAUCCGAAAGGAAAGCAUAAAAAUGAAAUUAUUUCGGUUUAUCUCCAAAGGAAAGCCCUCGAAUUUAUUACGGAUAAUCGUAAAAAUUUAAAAGCUGAUAAUGCAAAACUGAAAUCAGCAAACUGA